CUUUCCGCAGGCAGCAGGCAGGCAGUAGUGUUCAGUGUUUGGGGGAGAGUUGGAGGUGGAUGACUCUCACACACUGACUGGCUGCAGAGAUCUGAGGAAGACCAACUGGGAUAAAACCAGGAUAAGCUAAAGCUAACGGUGGGAUAGACGUGGGCUAGACCAGGCUAAACCAGGCUACAACCAAGUCAAAGAAACAAGCAGGAUCUUAUCCAUAUAGCCUGAGGGUUGUGGAUCUAUAACAACAGAAGAGAUGAAAGUGGGUGGUGGGCCUCCACCCUCUUCCCUGUGUGCGUGGGUGGUGCUGCUUAUUUUGGUGGAGUCAGGUGAGCCCUACCGGACCUCAUACGACCAGGAACAAGGCCAGAACAGAGACAGGGGCAGAGAGAGUACAGACUCCAGGCUAGACACCAGGACAGACACCAGGGACUACCACAGAGAUGCCAGUCCAGACACCAGGGACUACCACAGAGAUGCCAGGCCAGACACCAGGGACUACCACAGAGAUGCCAGUGAGGUGAGGGGUAAAGAGUGUCAGCGGUGCUGUGACCCCGGAGAGGAGGUUCGUACUCAGUCUGCCAACCCCCAGUACCCACAACACUACCCACAGUACCAGGCGGUGCCACAGAUCAACAUAACCAUCCUCAAAGGUGAGAAGGGGGAGAGCGGCCAGCGAGGGCCCUACGGUAAAUCUGGCAAGUCCGGCCAGUCCGGCCCUCGUGGGCCCAAUGGCAUCAAGGGCACCAAGGGGAGCAUAGGGACCCCGGGUGACCCCUGCAAGGUCCAGUACGCUGCCUUCUCCGUGGGCCGCAAGAAGGCCAUCCACUCCAACGACUACUACCAGACCUUAGUGUUCGACACUGAGCUCGUCAACCUCUACGGACACUUCAACAUGUUCACCGGCAAGUUCUACUGCUACGUGCCGGGAAUCUACUACUUCAGCCUGAACGUGCACACGUGGAACCAGAAGGAGACGUACGUGCACGUGAUGCAUAACGAGAGAGAGGUGGUGAUCCUGUACGCCCAGUCCAGUGACCGGAGCAUCAUGCAGAGCCAGAGCCUGAUGCUAGAGCUGGAGAGAGAGGACCAGGUGUGGGUCCGGCUGUUCAAAGGAGAGAGGGAGAACGCCAUCUUCAGCGAUGACUUUGAUACCUACAUCACCUUCAAUGGACACCUUAUCAAGCCCAAGAGCGAGGGGUAGGGGAAAGGGGUCGGUUGGGGCUGUGUCCCAAAUGGCACCCUAUUAGCUGUAUAGUCCACUACAUAGGGAACGGGAUCCCACUUGGGACGCAUACUAGGGGGGUUGUGGGCAUGUAUGAUGGACCAGUGUGACGCGAGAAGGAGACCAAAAUCUGAAGAAGAUUGGUUCCCAGUUCAUAGAAGAAUAUCUUAACUUUCUUAUUGUGUCUUUUUAUGUGUGUUAUUAUUGUAUUUUAAUCCAGAUAUCAAGAGAGACAUUGACUUACUUUGAGAAGUAAACCAAGCCACUUGUUAAUUUGACAAAAACAUGUUGCACACACAGCCUGAUGAAGAUUGAUGAUCGGUUGGAGGUUUUGUCAGGAAACAGCCAAACAGAAUCAAUUCAAGAUGGCCACUGUUCAAGAUGUUCAACAGAGCGGAGAAAAGUUAUCCUCAGGGUAGGGACGUCCCAAGGAGCCAACUAACCAUGUUCAAAGUGCCUUGAUUGCGUGAAGCAUCGUCUUGCAGCCAUACCAUUGUUACAGCACUGCUUUCAAUUUUGGCCAGUAAAUCAAAAAAAUUACACAUUGACUCCCUGCAACACUUAGAGUGCAUCCCAAACGGCACAAUAUUCCCUAUUUAGACACAUAAGGUUCUGGUAAAAAAAACGGUGCACUAAAUACAGAAUACCGGUAUGGUGCUAUUUGGGACGCAGAGCCUUUAUGAAUCAUGUAUGUUGUGUGAUGCAAAGUAUUAUGAUUCGUAUCAACUUUGCACCCAGAUAAACUGUAUGUGUUAAGAGCACUCCUCCGUCACAGUCCUCGUAACCAGGAGACCAAGGCACAGCUUGAUUGGAAUACAGUCUUCUUUUAUUAAGACAGACAGACAGUCAUACAGACAGUCAGACAGACAGUCAGACAGACAGUCAGACAGACAGUCAGACAGACAGUCAGACAGACAGACAGACAGACAGACAGACAGACAGACAGACAGACAGACAGACAGACAGACAGACAGACAGACAGACAGACAGACAGACAGACAGACCUUGACGCUAUAAACUAUUGCUAACAUGCAACUACACAUAAACAAUAAUCCACAAAAUACCCCAGGACUAUGGCUACAUAAAUAUGGUCCCCAAUCAGAGACAACGACAAACAGCUGCCUCUGAUUGGGAACCAAUCUAGGCAACCAUAGACAUUUAAACACCUAGAUAUACAAAAAGCCAUGAUAUACAAAAACCCUAGACAUCAAAAAACCCUAGACAUACAAAAACUACACAUACCUCCCUCGUCACACCCUGACCUAACCAAAAUAAUAAAGAAAACCAAGAUAACUAAGGUCAGGGCGUGACAUCAUAGCUUUCAGAUGUAGAGACAGAUCAUAUUUGUUCGAGUUAGACAUAGAUUAGACAUAUUACACUGUAAACACAUCCAUUUACAUGUCAAUAUAUCUUUAUUGUCAAUUUGAACUCAAUUUGAUCUUUAUUGUCCCCAGUGUAAAACAGUUGUAUACAUAGAUAUCAUAAAACAUACAUACAAUGACAAUGACCUAGACUAGAUAAAGUAACAGGACCUGGACUAGAUAAAGUAACAGGACCUGGACUAGAUAAAGUAACAGAACCUAGACUAGAUAAAGCAACAGGUGCUUAAAUGGACUUCAUAUGAACUAGACAAAGCAACAGGACCUGGACUAGACAAAGCAACAGGACCUGGACUAGACAUAGCAACAGGACCUGGACUAGACAAAGCAACAGGACCUGGACUAGAUAAAGCAACAGAACCUGGACUAGAUAAAGUAACAGGACCUGGACUAGAUAAAGUAACAGGACCUGGACUAGAUAAAGUAACAGGACCUGGACUAGAUAAAGUAACAGGACCUGGACUAGAUAAAGUAACAGGACCUAGACUAGA